UAGUUAGUCAAGGGGAUGAAAGCGUGCUCGACGGCGGCUGGUGAUUGCGAGGUGGACAGCGGGCUUCUUAUGUGCAUACUUUGACGACAAGGAGCGCGUGGGUGUUAAUGAAUUGAGAAUCUCGCGACGCCGCGACGCGGAGGAACUUUCGUACGAGUGAUUUUUAUCUCCGCGAGGAAAGCGCAUGGUCAGUCGGGUCCACGGUCCGCCUACAAACUCCACGUGUUCGCCGAACUGCUGGACCUUCAUCUCUCGUGAUUGGUGAUUUUAUUCGCUUUGCUGAACACAUUCGUUCAGUCAUGGGAAGAAAAUGAAAAUUAUGUUCAACGACUCGACGCUGUUACUGUAGAUGAAAAUAGUGCAAUUUGACCUGGAAAACUGUGAUGAGUUUCGUUCGACAAUGGGGGUAAAGUGAUUUUUAUUUCGUUGAAACCCUUUUUUUGUAUUCGAGCCCACUGAGAAUUGGGCAACGAAUAUUUCGUUCGUUCGUCACCAUUCUUGCUCAGUGUUGUCAUUUUGCAAAUGUUGCACGAUGCAAAAGGAAAUAUAGAGCGUGAAAAAAGGGCCUCAACCAAACAGUCUCGCGGCUAACGCGUGCGUGCGGUUGUGCGUUUUUACGAAGACGCGUGUCAUUGAAAAGUGUUCAAUUCCAAACUUACAUAUGUAAAAGGAAGUUCAAGGAUGCAGGACUCCUCGAGUUUAAUUUAUGGAAAAAGGACUUUGUGCUAGUGUGAAAAUGGCAAAUAAGCACUGACGAGGUGAGUCGAAAGUCGGGAAUGUGCGUCGUCCAUGAUCACGCGUAUAGAGGAACAUUAUGCAAGUGACACAAUCAUUUAUUCGUUUGUGAAUUUGUCCAAUUUUGGAUUAACCGUCCGGCCAAAAUGGUGCGUAGAUUAAUAAGAAAAAAAAAAUCGUACAGCACGCAUAGGUGCCUGCGAAAUACUCGGAGUGGGGUUGAUCGCCGUUAGAGCGCAACGUUACACGGUUGUUGGUCAGUAGUCUCGCAAGGGUGAGAGGUGGGACGAUGCAAUGUUUGACUAGUACGAAGAGAGGUCGUGGCCACUUCUAACAGCUUUCCGCCCCCCAAUUCGAACCGGCGAUUCCAAUUUUUUGCCAACUUUACCGAAAUUCGCAAUCACAAAGAUUUUUUCAUCUCGCGCACAAAGUUCUUGGUAACUACUAAAUUAUGACAUCGAAGAGUUUCAAAGUGAGACUGAAGGUGGGCGCGCUUGACCGACGUGCUGCCGAAUGAUGAAUCGCUUCGUUCGCGUUUACCUUCGAUUCGUGUGUUAAGAACUGCGAAUAAUGAGCAGUGUGCGAUCUCCAGUAGUGACUUCCGCUAGUGGUCGGACACGAUUUUUCUCAGUUCCUAAACGAAACUCGGUGUCCGAGAAAUUGGAGAAAAACGCAUUCACCAGGGGAUUUAGAUGUUGAUUUACCGAGCGCUGGAUCAACACGUGGGAAGCUACGCAUGGUUUCGGAAUCUAUGAAUGAAAAUAUCUCACCAGGUUUUAUAUAUACCGGCAGGUCUUCCAAGCCAUAAAGAGCAAUGUACCGUUACCAGGACGACCGAAGGGGCUGGAUCAGCGGGUCUUUGUACUAGAGCGAAAGAGCAAAAGAGAUAGAAAGUAAUAGCAGAAAACGGGGAGGAGGGGCAAGGGGGAUGCUGUGAGAGGAGUUCUCUCUACAUCGCUUUAUACAAGCCAAAAGGCGAGGGUGUUCGAGGGGGUUUCACUGAGGGAAGCUGCGAAGUGAUAUUUCCUAGAGAUGGAGUUUCUGCAGAACCACCAUCCGGCGAACAACUCGGAGUCGCCGUAUACCCUCGGUUCAGGAUCCGUCGGUAGCAUCGAGGCGAACAUACCUGUAUCCGGCUUGUGUACCGGUUCGCUCGGUGUCUUAUCGAGCGAUGACGUUUUGACGGAUAACCCGAACGAGGAAGCCCUGAAUGGUCUUCAGGGCACCCUGCGACUUCAGGAUCUUCAAAAUUCUCCUGAUGACAUAAACGCCGACCAAAACCAACAGCUACAGAAUACCGGGCAGGGCCAAAUCGUUAGCGAAUUCGGAGCCAGUUUUUGGGUGGACGACAUGGCCGGAUUCCCGCUUCCACCUCUCGACUUGGACCCUCUUACUCCUGGACUUUUCAGUCCGUGUUCCGGUAAUUACAAUUGGGGCUGCACGAGAGGAGAUUGCGUUCCCAGAACCGGAAACCCAAACGGGGAAGGGGUGGCGGACGUUUUGUUAUCAUUGAAACACGCUGUCGUUCACCCUGGAAGCCCGAGCAAUGGUUAUUAUUCUACCGGAGGAUCGGCUCAUCAUUACGUUCAGGACUAUGGGCAGAAUGUUGGUCCACCGGUUGCUCCGACUCACUACGCACCGGGGCCUGCUAUGUCCGUAAAUGUUUCGAUGAACAUGACGAUGAACAUGAACAUGCAUCCCGGGUACGACCAGUAUACGUCGGCCUGGGGCGUGGAGCCCCUAUUGAGUCCCGCCCCUCAGUACAACCCUGUCGAGGCACAGACGAGGCUUAAUCAACCCCCGUCCAAUAGUCUACUAGGUCCGCAUCCGCAUUCCCAUCCCCAUCCCCGUUUGCAGUCGGGGGAGCACGCGCUCUGCAUCGGGAAUGGUGGUGGUGGUGGUGGUGGCUCGAACGUUGCCCAGGACGACAAUGGCAGACCGAAUUUGUGCCGAAUAUGUGGCAAAACUUACGCGAGACCGAGCACCCUGAAAACACAUCUGAGGACUCAUUCUGGUGAAAAACCUUUCAGGUGUCACGCAUGUUCGAAAGCGUUCAGUCAAGCAGCCAAUUUAACAGCUCACGCGAGGACCCAUUCGGGUGAGAAACCUUUUCGAUGUCCAGUUUGCGACAGGAGAUUUUCACAGAGUAGUUCAGUGACGACACACAUGAGAACACAUUCGGGAGAACGACCUUACAGGUGCAGAUUCUGCAAGAAAGCGUUCUCGGACAGUUCGACCCUAACAAAACAUCUGAGAAUUCAUUCGGGUGAGAAGCCUUAUCAGUGCAAGCUUUGCUUGCUGAGGUUCAGUCAGAGUGGCAAUCUAAACAGGCACAUGAGGGUUCACGGUGGCUCUUUAACGUGACACACCACGCUACACCCAAUGAACGGUGAUACAUUGCCGCAGUGCUGUCGUAUACCGGUUAUCCGACUCGGAACGAGCUUACAACGAAAUCACUAGUAGAUUAAAUUACAACGCGAGUCAAUAUAUAAAAAGACCGAAAAAGAGACGACGAAAAUUAUAUCCGAGCAGAAAUUCCCUAUUUUCGUCCCUUCGAUCCCCGUGAAUUUAUUGAUUUUCGAAGUAACAAAAAAAACAAACAAACCAACGAAAAUCUUCAUCGUUAUGAAUGCGCAAACGCAACGUUAUAGUGAACAACACAUAUACAUAUAUAAAUAUAGAAAAAAAAUAAUGCGAAAGAAAAUUGGCACGAGUCGUUUUGAACCGUGAAAGUAUCGAAAAAUUCGCAUCGUUGAAAGGGAAUGUAAAAUAUUUUUUAUUUUUAUUUAUUUAUUUUCCAAUUUCUGAGAUUUUCCUAUUCAUUUUAGCAACGUUGAGUUCCUGAUAAAAAAAAACAAAUAUCUCUUGCUUCAACAGGUGAAUGUUAAAAAUUACAAGUACAGAAGAAAGUUUUGUCACGUUCUCACGAAAGUAGCUACCGAUCGAUCGUCGGAAUAAAAGUUAAUUAAUUACGAAAAUCACAAUUUUCAAAAGAAAAAAAUCAUGAGUUGUUGUAUGCAACGCCUGAACGCAACGAAAGAUAUAUUAAUUUAUUUUUAUUUUCAAACCAUCUCAAUGUUUGGGGUGAAUAGAAUGAAUAAAAGUCUAACUAAUUAUUCGAAUGGAAGAAAAGUUGAAAUGCGAUCAUUUCAACGAUGCAAGCUUGAACAUUAUUGAGAAAAAAAAAAGGAAGAAAAACGACUGAAGGAAGGUGAGGGGAUAUAAAUCAUCGGAUAAAAAGGUAUCUGCAGCAUUCACCACAGCACCGUUGAUUAUUGUACAAAUAUUGUAUUUAUUAUAAUUAUUAUUAUUAAUUAUAACUAAUAUUAAUGUUGCGGUUUUCACCACAUUUACUUCUCA